ACAGCGCACACGCUUGAGAAGAUAUUUUAGCUAAAUAUCUUGACGAAUAUCAAACAUUAUAACGAUUUGACAUCAUAUAUGAGACUAAAUAUACGAAAUGAGCCGUUUUGUGGCUGGAUAGCGCCUUUAAAUCGGACUGUCAUUCAGAAAUCAAUGGAUCAGCAAACUGUCUCCAGGAGAUCCAGAUGAUACACAGCAGAUGUCGGUCCACAAAACACUGCUGGAAACCCUUCAAUGACGAAUCUGAACUGCUUCGGUCGUCACCGCAGACGGACGGCGCCCCACAAUGCUGCGGGCAGCAGUAGUGAACUGGUCGCUCCUCCGAUUCACUCCAGGAUCAACGGCUGGUCUUUGCCGCUGCACAGUUUCCAGUUCAUCGCCUUGUUGAUCUACAGCUUCAUGGCCAUCGUGGCUUUUGGCAUUUACGUUCCUCUGCUGCCAGCGCCAUGGAGCUACGCAGCUUAUGCUUUGAUUGGCUCGGCGUUUGUUCUGCAUUUGUUCAGUCAUGUGACGGCUGUAACAAUCGACCCUGCGGAUGUAAAUGUUCGGAGGAGGAAGGAUUAUUCCAGUCCUAUGCCAACAUUCGACAACACCAAACAUCCUCACGUGAUUGACAAUCUGCACUGCACCCUUUGUGAGGUGGACGUGAGCCCUAAAGCCAAACACUGCAGCACAUGCAACAAAUGCAUCGCAAACUUUGACCAUCACUGCAAAUGGCUGAACAACUGUGUGGGAGGAAGAAACUACUGGUUCUUUUUCACCGCCGUCUCAUCUGCUGUGAUCGGCGUGAUCCUCCUCUUUCCCCUGGUUCUGUUUGUCUUCAUCGAGCACUAUGUCAAUCCGGCAGUCCUGCGAACGGCACCACAGUUUCAGACUGUGAAAGGUAACGGGACGUGGCUGGUUUUCCUGCCUGUGGCUCCAGUAGAGACGAGCUCCAUCAGUCUGCUGGUUGUGUCCUUCAUUACGGCUCUUCUGGCUCUGGCUUCUCUACUGCUGCUCUGCCAUUUACUCUGCUUCCACAUUUACCUGCUGUCUCAGGGAAUCAGCACUUACGAGUACAUUGUAAGGAAACGACAGUCACCGAAUCCCAAAGAGAAGCAGCAGGUUCCUGCAGCACUGCCAUCUAAUGGAGCCACAGCACAGAGUCUGGAGUUGCAGGAGCCGCCGGUGAACUGUGACGCUCCGCUGUCCAGCAGAUCCUGUACCUUCAAACUGGAAGAUAGAGGACCAAUGCCAGAACCCAUCUGUGCUGAGAUGGACGAAUCCAAUGGAGGGCAUCAUCUGAGCUACAGCUCUGAAUCAGCAACACAGAUGAUUGCAGGGGAAUCUGCGAUGUCACUUCCUGUGGUCUGGAGCCUCAGUGGGACAGAGAGGCCUCAGGCUGUGGGACGAGUGGAGGUGAAGCCGGUGGAGGGACGGCCGGUGGUGCAGGACCCGCUGGGCAGCUCCAUCAUGGACACGGCGCUGGUUCAUCAGCAGCUCAUGACGGAGCAGCCGCAGUAUUUACACUUUAAACAGAAGAUGCCAUAAAACAAACACUGAUCUGAUCCCACUGACUGAGCUUAAAGGGACAGUUCACACACAAAUGAACAUUUACUCAUUUUUUACUCACCCCUAAUUGGUUUUAAACCUUAAUGAGAUGUUGUUUUACCUGUUGAACACAAAAGAAGAU